AUGGCCAAGAAAAGAGACCGCCGAGUCGCGCCGAGUUCGAACCGCGGAAAAGACCGAGUUGAAUCGUCGGAUCAAUCCUCAGACCCAAAGCUCACAAUCACCUUGGUCCUCUCCUUCUGCGUAGCUGCAGCAGCCGCUGUGCUCGCGUACCGCAUCAAAUGUGCUCAUCCGAUCACGAACCGUGCGCAGUCUUACGUGCACCAGCGAGGCCUCGUUAAGAUUGAUGUGAAUUACCAAGAAAUCCUCACUGCAAGUACCCCACUGGAAAAUGUGAAGGUCUCAGAAAAUACGACUGGCAGGCACUAUAAGUACCCUGUAUUGGCCUACAUCACUCCAUGGAAUUCCAAGGGCUAUGAUAUGGCAAAAAGGUUCAACUCGAAGUUUACACAUUUAUCUCCCGUAUGGUAUGAUCUAAAGAGUCAAGGGACAGGCUUAAUUCUGGAAGGUAGGCAUAAUGCUGAUAUGGGAUGGAUCUCAGAGCUUAGAAUGGCAGGAGAUGCUUGGGUAUUGCCUAGAGUUGUUCUGGAAGCAUUUCCAGCUGAGCUGCUGACAACGAAGAAGCGGAGGAGUAAAGCUAUUACUCUUCUAGUAAGCGAGUGCAAGGAAAUGGGAUAUGAUGGUGUCGUGCUGGAAUCUUGGUCUAGGUGGGCAGCUUACAGGAUUUUGCAUGAUCCAAGCAUGAGGAAUUUGGCAUUGCAGUUUAUAAAAGAGCUUGGAAAUGCACUGCAUGCUGUGAGCUUAGAGAGGAAUGAUAAGCAACGGUUGCAGUUGGUUUAUGUUAUAGGUCCACCACAUUCAGAGAAGCUCCAAGAGCACGAUUUUGGACCUAAAGAUCUUCGGAACUUGGGUGAUGCUGUGGAUGGAUUUUCACUGAUGAUGUAUGACUUCUCGGGGCCUCAAAAUCCAGGUCCCAAUGCACCUCUAAAGUGGAUUCAUUCAACCCUGCAGCUGCUCCUUGGUACCGAUAAAAACAGUGCUCUGGCCCACAAGAUAUUUCUUGGCAUCAAUUUCUAUGGGAAUGAUUUUGCCCUCUCGGGAGGUCCAGGUGGUGGUGCUGUCACUGGAAGGGAUUACCUGUCCUUGUUGGAGAAGCACAGGCCUGCAUUGCGAUGGGAAAAGAAGAGUGCAGAACAUUUGUUCUUUUACUCUGAUGAUGAAUAUAACAACCACGCUGUGUUCUAUCCAUCCCUGAUGUCAAUUUCCAUGCGGCUAGAGGAAGCCCAUAAAUGGGGAUGUGGAAUCUCGAUAUGGGAAAUUGGGCAAGGCUUUUCCAUCAGUUUUCUGAGACCCCCAAAGAGUGUUUCUCUGCUUCUUACAUAUAAUUAUGCCAUGGAGGCCCUCAAUGCAGCAAGCUUGACCCCCCUAUCUGUUCUUGGUGACAGAAAAAAAGAACCCAGAAAAUUUCCAUCACUGCCCACCAUUUCCCUACCCAAAUUCUCAAAUUCCACAAGUCUUAGCACCACCCCACAAGCUUCACAGGAGUCUUCAUCUAGGAGCUUUCAUGGUGGCCUGUUGCUUUUAUCUUCUGUUUUCAAUACCGGGUUUGCCAAAGCUUUGACAUAUGAAGAAGCAUUGGGGCAAUCUGUGAGUACCUUUACAGGUGGAGACUUGGAAGCAAGUGGGAUUCUUGAUAAUGUUACUGCUUUUGUGACUGAGAACCCUGCAGUUAUAGCUGGUGGUUUUGCCAUUUUGGCUGUUCCCUUGGUUUUGUCUCAGGUUCUGAAGCCUCCCAAGCCAUGGGGUGUUGAUACUGCAAGAAGUGCUUAUGCAAAAUUGGGUGAUGAUGCCAAUGCUCAGUUGCUUGAUAUCAGAUCACCAGCUGAGUUUAGGCAAGUUGGUACACCGGAUGUCCGGGGUCUGGGGAAGAAGGCGGUGCCAAUUGUUUACAAAGGUGAAGAUAAGCCUGCUUUCUUAAAGAAGCUCUCUUUGAAGUUCAAGGAACCAGAAAAUACCACAUUGUUCGUCCUAGAUAAAUUUGAUGGGAACUCCGAACUGGUUGCAGAGUUAGUCACUGUAAAUGGGUUCAAAGCUGCGUAUGCCAUAAAAGAUGGCGCAGAAGGACCCCGGGGAUGGGUGAAUAGCGGUCUUCCUUGGACACCACCAACAAAAUUACUGUCUCUUGAUUUUGGCAAUUUAGCGGAUGCUAUUGGUGAUGCCGUUGGAGAGGGAUCAGGUGCCUUGUCUGUUUCCCUUGGGAUUGCUGCAGCAACUGGAUUGGGUUUAUUGGCUUAUACUGAGUUAGAAACAAUCCUCCAAGUCUUAGGCUCAGCUGCACUAGUUCAGUUUGCGAGCAAGAAACUCCUUUUUGCUGAGGAUCGAACAACAACUCUACAAGAAGUUGAUAAGUUCUUAACCACCAAGGUUGCCCCUAAGGAGCUUGUUGAUGACAUAAAGCAAAUUGGCACAGCUCUUCUGCCAGUGUCUGUGACUAGCAAAGGUCUUCCUGCACCUGCAGAAGCAACCCCAGAGCCUACUGCUGCUAAUGAUACUGUACAGAAAGCAGAAGCUGCUGUGGAGCCUAAAGUAGAAGCAGCUGCAGAAGCUGCUCCUGAAAUAAAUUCAGUACCCAAACCAGAAGUUAAAGCAGAAUCACUUCCUGGGAUUUCGAAACCACUUUCUCCAUUCCCUUAUUAUCCCGAUUUCAAGCCUCCAGCUUCUCCCCGCCCAUCCCAGCCCUAG